CUAAAACCAGUCUGGCUACUUGUGAGUUGUGAGUUGCGAGUCUCGCGACGUGCGUGAGAGGUGAGGCCUUCCAAGCAACCCGGCUCUCUGCGAUCCACACCGACCACGACAGAACCCAGCCGCCGGCACGAUGUGCACCCUGGAGCAGCGCGGCCGCGUCUUCGUCCUCAUCCUCACCGGCGACGGCGAGCACCGCCUGGGCCACCCCCUCAUCUCCUCCCUCCGCUCCGCCGUCGCCUCCGCCGCGGCGGCCGCGGCCUCGGAGGGGCCCGGCGCAGCCCUCGUCACCGUCGCCGAGGGCCGCUUCUUCUCCAACGGGCUCGACAUCGGCUGGGCGGGGACCUCCCGCGCGCGCCUCGGGGAGCUCGUCGACGCGCUCCGCCCGCUCGCCGCAGCUCUCCUCGCGCUCCCCAUGCCCACCGUCGCCGCCGUCACGGGCCACGCCUCCGCCGGCGGGUUCCUCCUUGCGCUCUGCCACGACUACCGCCUCAUGCGCGGGGACCGCGGCGUGCUCUACAUGAGCGAGGUCGACAUCGGCCUCCUCCUCCCGCCCUACUUCAUGGCCGUGCUCCGCGCCAAGAUCACCGCCGCCAACGCGCUACGCGACGUCGUGCUCCGCGGCAAGAAGGUCAGAGCUGCGGAGGGCAAGGAGCUGGGAAUCGUGGAUGUUGUUUGCCCCGGUGCGGCCGAGACGGCAGCUGAGGCCUUCAAGCUCGCCGAGCAGCUCGCGGCGAGGAAGUGGGACGGGAGCUUGUACGCGUCCAUAAGGAUGUCCAUGUACCCUGAAGCCUGUAGGUCAGUUGGACUUGUCGAGGAGAGCGAUGAGGAGAAGAGGAAGCACUUCGCUUCCAGACUCUGAGGUCGUGACUCGCGAGAGGUCAGUGUUCGUGUUCCUACAACGUCUGUUGCUGAUCUCGUCACGGUUGAGUAAACAUUAUCAGUAACGCUAGAUGAGAAAACAUACAAUUUGAUUUGCGCUGUAACCCAAUCAAUUCAGUAUCCCUGCAAUGUAAAUGAUGUGGAACCAUGGGGCUCCUUUCACAUUCUGUAUGUGUACAUGGACCAGCCAUUGAUGCUAUGUAUGAUAGUUGCAAACCUUGCAAUCUCGCUUGCUCUAUACUGGUAUUUGGGCAAUUUUGCCUUUAUACUAUUGCAAGAACAUUCCCAUUUAGCAAAUCAUCGUAUAUGUUCACAUGAUGUGCCUGAUUCAACAUUGUUUCUUCAUUCCGGGAUAUUUGAGUACAAGUUAGAAAUGGAUUGACGGCAAGGUGGCACCUUGGCGAUGUACAGGGAAGAGCAAUUCACUGUGCAUUACAUGCGUGCAAGGGGAUUGCCAUUUUUUUCUUUUGCAAAGAGGAAAGCAAUGUAACAGGAGCUGUAUUAUCCUAAUAAUUUGCUCUUUGCAUUGCAUGGUAAAAUACGUGUGGUUAUCUUUGCGUCUCUAGCAUGAGAAGGCUUCCCCUCUGCAAUGCUGGUUAUACUAGGAACAAUUUCUAUAAAUGGUAUUCACGAUUUUGGAUUA